GCACUUUUAUUAAUUCGCCAGAUUUUUUCCUGUCCCAUCCUCUCUUAUCUGGUGAUUAAGCACUUCAUAAAAUCGAAAGUUGUCGUCAGCACAGCUACGCAAGUCGAACAAAAGAAUAUUUUGAAUAGACGCGCCAGUUUUGUAUUUUUACCUUUUUCCUUUUGUUUUUAAAAUGGACAUUUGUUUUGUAUGAAACAAAUGAGCGCAUUCUUUUUUCAUUUAUUGGACGUUUGUUUUACGUAGCUCAUUCUGUUUUUUAAUUAUUAUUUGCUUAAUACAUAUCAAUUGACCUCUUAUAAAGGUGACUAAAUAAUUUCCAAAAACAAAUAUGCACAUUUGUAGUUUAUUUUUUAAUUCAAAUAAAGAUAAGGAGAUAAACCACAAAGAUAAGUAACGAGAUGCGUCAAAAUAGUUAACAAGAAUCUAUUUUAAUCAUAAUGUAUAAAGAAAUAGACCUAAGAUAACAAAAAAGGUAAUUUAAUCUGUUUUUUAUAAAGUUUUAUCGUCAAAUCAAGUUUAAAAAACGACCCCGAAAUGGAAGAAAUGGGGAGCUGUUCCAGUCUUAACAGACAGGACCCAUAUGAGAGAAGUUUGGGGGAAGACCACUGGGAAAUGAACUACCAUGAAGCUGCGAUAUAUUUAGAAGAGGGUAGAAACAACGAAAAAUUCGACUCCCAUCCAAGUCACCCCAGUGACUUGCCAGCCUAUUUAUUAGUCCACAACUCAUGGUAUUAUGGUUUUGAUCUCUUUUUCUCUUUAAUUUUACUACUUUUGGCCCUUUUUGAAGAGCCCACCACCGAUCAUUUAAAGUUACCAGUCGGAAUCCAUGGUACCCUAGAAUUGGUCGCCCUCACGGUAAUUGGGGCCGAACUAGCAUUAAAGUUACGAUGGAUUGGUUGGAGUGCAAUCCUCAAACAUAAGCGCACCAUGAUCAAAGGUUGUACGCUUGUUAUAAUGGUCGUAGAAGCGCUGGUGGUCCUUAUUCGUCAAUCGUCUCAUUUCCGGGUGACAAGAGCGCUACGUCCUAUAUUUUUAGUAGACACGAGGGCCAUGGGGGGCGUUAGACGUUUCAUAAGGCAAAUACUCCAGUCGUUACCCCCCAUUCUUGACAUGAUGGCCCUCUUACUAUUUCUGGUCUGCAGUUACACCCUUCUGGGCUAUUUCCUCUUCUCUAAGCAGCCAAACAGCAUGUAUUUCAAGACUUUACAAGACAGUUUCGUCAGCAUGUUCGUCCUCUUAACAACCGCUAAUUUUCCCGACGUAAUGAUGCCAGCCUAUGCUGUUUCUAAAUGGUACGCGGCGUUCUUUAUCUCUUACAUUUCAAUGGUUCUGUACGUUUUAAUGAACUUGAUGUUAGCCGUUGUUUACGAAACAUUUACAAACAUAGAGAAGGACAAAUUUAGGAAGUUGCUACUGCAUAAAAGAAGAGCCUGCGAACUGGCCUUUAGGCUUUUGGUCAGUAAACAGACCCCGGACGCCAUCAGAUUUAAACAGUUUUAUGGCAUGAUGAAAUAUUAUUCUCCAAGAACGAACAUAAGAGACGUUGUGUUAAUGUUUUGGCAAUUAAACAUUUCGAGGAAGGGAAUGCUCAACAUGGAGGAGUUCUUGAACGUUUACAACGCAGAAAAUUUAUACUGGAGCCUCAAAAACCCGUCUCAGCCGUGGUUUGCCUCCACGACGAGAAUUUUCAAGCCAGUUCUUCAGGCCAUUCACGAUUUCGUUGUGUGGCCUUACUUCGAGUAUAUUGUUUAUUUAUCCAUAAUUGCAAACGGAAUUGCAAUGUUCGUAAGGGUUUUGGAGCCCACAGACUCGCUCGAAGAUUUGGCCAUAAACUUUUGCACGUCCUGGGAUGCUUAUUUGUUUUUUUCACUCUUUUUGAUAGAAGCAAUACUCAAAAUAGUCGGUUUGGGGUGGUCGCAGUAUUCAGCGAGUGGUUGGAACAUGUUCGACUUGGUUGUUACCAUUGCGGCUAUCUGGGGUUCGUUUUUGAUACUAAUAAGGCCAACAUUUACCGGUGUUGUCAUUUUAAGACCCUUAAGAUUAAUGAGACUUUUCAAGUUAAAAAAGCGAUACAGGGACAUUUUUGGGACCGUUGUACUUCUGUCCCCUCUGAUGUGCUCUACAUCUGUUGUUAUGCUCGUUUUGUACUACUUCUUUGCCAUCAUUGGGAUGGAACUGUUUUCAGACAUCGAUUUACGUAACUGCUGCAUAAACACGACGGUGGAGGAUUACUACAAAUACAGUACCAACACGACCAGUGCUCUUGGUUAUUAUUAUUUAAACAAUUUCAAGGAUUUAUUAACAACUGGAGUGACCCUGUUCGAACUGACCGUUGUUAAUAACUGGUUUAUUGUAAUGGAGGCUUAUUCGAUAGUCCUCCAUCCGUCUUCGCGACUUUAUUUUAUGUUGUUUUAUUUAUUUACCAUGGUCGUAUUAACUAUCGUUGUGGCCUCUGUAUUGGAAGCCUUUCGUUUCCGGAUUCAAUACAAAAAGCAGACGAGUAAAAAAGACGAGGAACGAAUGUUAGUUGAAGAAGUGAUCAUCGAUUGGAAUACUUUGCAAAAUUUGGUCCAAGAUCCGGUACUUUUAGACAAACUCAGGGACUCCUUUGUUCCAGGGGGUGUUUCGUAUUACGUGGGUCGUCGUCAGCGUACCAGAGACGUAUUACAACACCGAAUGUACGCCUCUGAAAUAGACAAUUGGAUCAGAGAAACCUCUGUAAGUAACUCUUUCGAACUCGUGAUGGCAGAUGAGGGAGGAGACCCUACUAAUCCACACAAUGAUCGACUAAUCUAAUCCCAGACAUUAAGUAGGUAUUUUCUUUUAAUUUUUUGAAC